GGGGCCGGAAGUAUGGGCGGUGUCCUAGGAGACAGAGGACGCAGGGUCGCAUGGUGCAUCCCUGGUCUCUCAGCGGAGCGAGCGGCGGGGUCGAAUGAGCGUCCCAGGCUACCUCCCUUUCCCCCCAGAAGAUAAGUGAAACCAGGCUCGACCUGCAGCUCCGGUGGCCUACCAGAUCCGUCACCUAGUUCUGCCCUCUUUCCAGUGCACUGUCACUCCUUGUGCCAGAUGACUGAAGAGGUGACCCCCUGCUGGUCCGGAACAGAGGGUGAAGACUGCAGGACUAAGAUAAGUACAGCGGCUCUCCUGCAAACUCCUUCUCCCCCUGUGCUCACACUGUGACACGGCUCUUUAGGGCUUACCUUUGGAUCUGGGUGGGCCUGCUGGGUGAGAGGGAGGAGGUUCCUUCUUGGGGCAGUGGCUAUUCGGGGCGCCCCCGGCACGGCGGGCGCCAUUUUCGGAGUCGGGGUCUGCUUUUUUCCCCGCGUGCUCUGUAAAAGGACUGGGGGGCGGAGCCUAUCGCGUCUGCUCCGGCGCUUCCGCUUUGCCUCAGCGCUUCCUCCACGCUUGGCUGCUACUCCAGCUCCUCAUAGGUCACGGUAGGACAGAUAGUGUUCCGCAAAACUGUAGGAGACCCUGACUCUGGGAUUGCCGGCGUCAUGCCAAGACCUGGGGCCUCCCACUGGGAUCCUGUAUGGUUUGCUGCUUGCCAUUAUCGGUUACAGGCUCCUGUGACUCUUGCCUUGCUUCGGGACAGGAUCAUCCACCUCCUCCUCCCCCUCCACCAAACCAGCCCAGUCCCUCCUCCGCCCCUUUGGAGCCAGCGGAACCCUCCUGGGCCUCUGCCAUAGCUAGGGCGGCCGCGGACUUGGCCCAAGUCUCGCGCGUGGCCACAGCCUUUAUGGAGCGCAUGGCGGCCUCGGAUCCGCCGCUUGCGGUGCCUGUGGUUAGCACCGCUCCACCUCCCGGUGCCCCCCACAGAGGACACUCAACCGUUAAGAGGCAGCGUACGCAGCAGCAUCCCUCCUCGGAUGACUCUGCUUCUCCCCCUCGCCUGGAGGCGUGUUCAGCCUCUGCCCCUCGCAGGGACUACAGGUCUGAAGGGGUAAGGUCCGGCUCGGAUGAGGACACGGAACCGGAACCCUCGCCUAAGCUCUCCACCAUGGUGGCAGACUUGGUCACGGUGGUCCGAGAUACCUUUGACAUCCAGGGGGAACCUCCUUCUGCUAGUAGCCAGGAAUUCCCUCUUUUCCACUCCAGAAGGGGUGGCGCACCAGAGGCAGUCACAUUCCCCAUUCAUGGCGCGUUCGCCAAGGUCCUUUCAAAGGCUUGGGAGCGCCCUAAUCACCGUUUUUCUGCCACAAGGCGCAUGGAUACUCUGUAUCCUUUCCCGGCAGAUAAUGUGCAGCAGUGGUCUUCUCCUCCUAAGGUCGACCCGCCGGUGGCCAGAUUGGCUAAGAAUACGGCAAUACCAGUCCUGGACGGGUCCUCCCUACAGAACUCCGUUGACAGGCGUUUGGACUCUCUUUCCAAAGCCAUCAUUACUCUGGCGGGCACAGGUCUGCAGCCCGCAAUCGCCUCGGCCUGGGUAGCCAGGCCGCUUUCGGUGUGGUUGCAGCGCCAUCAUCAGGACCUCGCGGAGCAGGGUGCCUCUGCGGACACCCUGAACUUCGUCCUCCAGAUGUCCCAAGCGGCAACAUUCCUCUGUGAGGCCUCAUUGGACGUCGGCACUCUUUUUGCGCGGGUUUCAGCCCUCUCGGUCACUCAGCGCAAGGAGGUCUGGUUAAAGGUCUGGGACGCUGACGCUUCCUCCAAGUGCUCCCUCACUAACCUCCCCUUUGCGGGCUCCAGGAUCUUCGAUGCUAAGCUGGACGAGAUUAUCUCUGACGCUACAGGGGGCAAGAGCACACACCUGCCCCAAUCUAGAUCCAAGCACGCCUUCAGAGCUCGCCCCUUUGGCUCUAGAAACCAGUCCUUUCGGCGCUCCUGCUCCAGGUCUGCGACAGCCCCCUCCUCCGGCGGCUCUCAGGACUCCCGCAAGAAGCCUUCCUUUAAGCCUCAACCUUCCUGGCGCUCGCAGGCACAAUCCAGACCUCCGGAACGUUUCUUCCCUUCUCGGGUUCCGGGGGAUCCGUCCCAAGCCUCGGCCCUUUUACAAGUGGUCUCUUCCCUUCUGGUCUGGGGAGUAGUUGCCCCAGUUCCUCUGGAGGAACAGGGUACAGGGUCAUACUCAAAUCUCUUUGUAGUGCCAAAGAAGGAGGGAUCAGUGCAUCCGGUCCUAGACCUGAAGCUCUUAAACAAGUCCCUGCGGGUGCGGAGGUUCCGGGUGGCAUCCCUCCGCUCAGUUAUUGCUUCUCUUCUUCCAGGGGAGUUCCUUGCGUCAGUGGACAUCCGGGGCGCCUAUCUACAUGUCCCUAUCACAGAAUCUCACCACAGAUUCCUGCGCUUAGUCAUUGGCGGCCGUCAUUAUCAGUUCGUCGCCCUUCCCUUUGGGCUGGCGACAGCCCCGCGGGUAUUCACAAAAAUCUUGGCGCCGCUCAUGGCGCUUCUUCGCACCAGGGGCAUAUCUCUGUUGCUCUACUCGGAUGACAUACUGAUAAAGGCUCCCUCUUGUCACCAGGCCGAAGACAGCGUCAGGAUCACUGUUCAGUCUCUGCAACAGUUCGGCUGGCUGAUCAACUUCCCGAAGUCCUCUCUCCAACCUUCCCAGAGGGUGACCUUCCUGGGGAUCAUUCUGGACACCACUGCAGCCCGGGUAUUCCUUCCGGAUUGCAAGUUCUCACGGAUACAGGAGUCAGUGUCUCGCCUUCUGCAUUCCCUGUGUAUCUCCAUCAGGGAGUGCAUGCAGGUUCUGGGGCUUAUGGUGGCCUCCUUCGAGGCUGUCCUCUUUGCCCAGUUUCACACUCGGCCUCUGCAACAGGCGAUCCUGCCCUUCUGGGACAUGACAUCGAGGGGUCUGGACUCUCAGAUCCGCCUACCUCCUCGGGUUCGCAUGGAACUCCAGUGGUGGCUGUCCCCUCAGAAUCUGGCUUCAGGGAGAUCCUUCCUCCCAAUUUAAUGGAC